AUGCUGUGCCUUCUCCUGGCCAGCCUAGGCACAGGACAGUGCUUCACACGUGGGCCACCUCCACCGUGUACCUUCCUCUGCCUCACCUUGGCUAAAUCUCGGUGCGGGCAGGUCCCUCCCCUCGCCUGGCACGGCUGCCGGAGGAGGAGACAGGCACCGGCCGCCCUCCUCCAGGAACAGCAGCUGAGCCCUGCCAGCCCAGCCCGAGCCCAGCCUGAGCCCAGCGGGCCUCCGACUCGGCAGCCCACCCGGGCCACCAGCCGCCUGCCCAGCAUCCCAGGCUCCCACGGGCACAGGCAGAUUCCGUGGUUGUCCAUGGACCUCUUGGUGCUUGCUUUCCUCCUGGUGGGGGGACUGGUGGCAGGAGACUGGCAGGAGCCUGAUGUGAGCCAUGGCUGCACCCGUGGCAGCUGCUACCCAGCCACUGGGAACCUGUUGGUGGGGCGAGCCACCCGCCUGAGUGCUACCUCCACCUGUGGGCUGGACGGGCCCCAGGAGUACUGCAUUGUCAGUCACCUCCAGGAUUCAGAGAAAUGUUUCACCUGUGACUCACGUGAACCAUCCCUGCCUGAGAGCCACCGCAUUGAGAAUGUCAUCUACCUGAGCAGCCCUCAUGACCAACGGACCUGGUGGCAGUCAGAGAAUGGUGUGGAGCAUGUCAGCAUCCGCCUGGACCUGGAGAGCGAGUUCCACUUCACCCACCUCAUCAUGAAGUUUAAAACCUUCCGCCCCGCGGCCAUGCUGGUGGAGCGCUCAGCGGACUUUGGGCACACCUGGAAGGUGUACCGCUACUUUGCCUACAACUGCUCCAAACUCUUCCCUGGAGUCCCCACCCACCCCUUGGGGCGUGUGGAUGAGGUGCUAUGUGACCAGCGCUACUCUGAGAUCGAGCCCUCCAGCCACGGGGAGGUCAUCUUCAAGGUGCUGGACCCCUCUAUCCCCGUAGCAGAUCCCUACAGCCCAGAAAUCCAGGACCUGCUUCGUGUCACCAACCUGAGGGUGAACCUCACCAAGCUGCACACACUGGGAGACAACCUGCUGGACUCACGUCGGGAGGUGCUGCAAAAGUACUACUACGCUGUGGAUGAACUGGUGCUGCGUGGGAGCUGCUUCUGCCAUGGCCAUGCUGCCCACUGUGCCCCAGCACCGGGUGCCCCAACACCCUCUGUCCCUGGCAUGAUCCACGGGCGCUGUGUCUGUGAGCACCACACACAGGGACUGAACUGCGAGCGCUGCGAGGACUUCUACCAAGACCUGCCUUGGCGCCCGGCCGAGGGCUCCAGCACCAACGCCUGUCGCCGCUGUGACUGCAACGAGCACUCACGGCGGUGCCAUUUUGACAUGGCCGUGUUCCUGGCCACGGGGAACACCAGUGGGGGUGUGUGUGACGACUGCCAGCACAACACCAUGGGUCGUCAUUGCCACCUCUGCAAGCCCUUCUACUACCGGCACCCUCGUUCUGACAUCCGGUCCCCCACUGCCUGUGCCCCGUGUGACUGUGACCCGGCAGGCUCACUGGAUGGAGGUGCCUGCGACGGGCACACGGACGUGGCGCUUGGCAUGAUUGCGGGGCAGUGCCGCUGCAAGGAGAAUGUGGCUGGUCCCCGCUGUGACCGAUGCCGGCACGGCGCCUAUGGCCUCAGCCAUGGCGAUCCACAGGGCUGCCAGCCAUGCAGGUGUGACCCACGGGGUACGGUAGCAGGCAGCUCCCCGUGUGACCCCAUCAGUGGGGACUGCUACUGCAAACGCUUCGUGGCUGGGCGCUCCUGCAGCCAGUGUGUGCCCGAGUUCUGGGGUCUGAGCUAUGACCUGGGGGGCUGCCGGCCCUGUGCCUGUGACUUCGGGGGAGCCUACAACAACCGGUGCUCCAUGGAGGAUGGGGCAUGUCCCUGCCGUCCCCAUAUCAUGGGGCGGCAGUGUGACCAGGUACAGCCCGGCUUCUUCUGUGCCCCCCUUGACUACUACACCUAUGAAGCUGAGCAGGCCACUGGCCAUGGCCCCAGCCACCCUCAGCUCCCGGGUGCCAUUCGGGCGGAGGUGCCCCAGGACUGCCUGGAGUAUGACACCAGGGAGCCGGUGGGGCGGAAGGGACGCUCACGGCAUCAACCCCGUGCUCCCCACCCCCCUGUCCCCUCGCGCCGCAGCCGCCAGCAGCCCCCCAAGCUGGAUGUGGAGGAGGUGGUGCGGGACAGUGCCGGGCGCAUGGUGACGUGGACGGGCUCGGGGUUUGCCCGGGUGCGGGAUGGGGCUGGCCUGACCUUCCGCGUGGACAACGUGCCCUACCCCAUGGACUACGAGCUGCUGCUGCGCUAUGAGCCCGAGUCAGCUGAGGACUGGGAGGCCAUGGUCAGCGUCAGUUCCCGGGUGCUGCCCACCAGCUCUCGCUGUGGGAACCUGCUGCCCUCCGAGCAGAUGUACCGUGAGAGUCUGCCCCACAGCCAGAGGUACGUGUUGCUGUCCCGGCCUUUCUGCUUUGAGCCUAGCACCCCUUAUGAGGUGACCAUGCGGCUUCAGCGGGCCGGUGUCACCCAGCGCCACCCUGGUGCCUUCAUCCUCAUCGACUCGCUGGUGCUCCUGCCGCGGGUAUCAGAGUUGCCAGGGUUCCAUGGGGCAGAGGCAGCAGCGCGCCAGGAGGAGCUGGAGCGGUACCAGUGCCUGGAGGUGUUUCGAAUGGCUCCCCCUCAUCCCCUGGCCCAGGCCUGUGCCCGCCUGGUCUGCAGUGUCUCAGCCCUGAUGCACGGCGGGGCACUGCCCUGCCAGUGCGACCCACAGGGUUCCCGCAGCAGCGAGUGCCAGGUACAGGGUGGGCAGUGUGAGUGCAAGCCCCAUGUCAUCGGCCGACGCUGCGAACGCUGUGCCCCAGGCAGCUACGGCUUCGGGCCCCUGGGAUGCAGCCCCUGCACCUGCUCCCCAGAGGGCUCGGUGUCCCAGCUGUGCGACCAGGUGAGCGGGCAGUGCCGGUGCCAGCCCAGCACCGUGGGCCGGCAGUGUGACCAGUGCCAGCCUGGCCACUGGGGCUUCCCUGCCUGCCGGCCCUGCCAGUGCAAUGGGCACACUGAGGAGUGUGACCCCCGAACGGGCACCUGCCUGCGCUGCCGUGACCAUACAAGCGGACGGCAUUGUGAGAGGUGUCAGGAUGGUUACUAUGGAAACCCUGUGCUGGGCUCGGGGCAGCAGUGCCGGCCCUGCCCCUGCCCCGGCUACCCUGGCACACGGCAUUACCACGGGACUGCCUGCCAUGCUGACGAUGAGACACACCACAUUGUCUGUCUCUGUGCUCCUGGAUAUGCAGGGCCGCGCUGUGACCGCUGCUCCCCUGGUUACUUUGGGGCUCCGGAGGUGGAGGGGGGGGAGUGCCGGCCCUGCCAGUGCAACAACAACAUCGAUGCCAGCGACCCAGAGGGCUGCGACCCCCACACAGGACAGUGCCUGCGCUGCCUGUACCACACUGCUGGGCCACACUGUGCCCAGUGUCAGCCUGGAUACUACGGCAAUGCCCUGCAGCGCAGCUGCCGGCGUUGUGGCUGUGACCAGCGGGGUACACUGGCCUCCCACUGCACCAACGGCUCCUGCGAUUGUGACCGUGGCACAGGAGCCUGUACCUGCCGGCCCAACGUUGUGGGCAAGAGCUGUGAUCGCUGCGCACCCCACUUCUGGAACCUGGGGGGGCCAAGGGGCUGUGAGCCCUGCGGCUGCCACCCCACACAUGCCCUGCACCCGGCCUGUGACACAGUGACAGGGCAGUGCCAGUGCCGGCCUGGCUUCGGGGGUCGUGUGUGUUCCCAGUGCCAGGAGCACCACUGGGGAGACCCUGAGCAGGAGUGCCGAGCCUGUGAGUGUGACCCGCUGGGUGCUGAGAGCCCACAGUGCGAGCAGGACAACGGGCAGUGCCAGUGCCGGCUGGGAUUCGGGGGGCUGCGCUGUGACCGCUGCCAGCGGGGCUACCAGGAGCCCUUCCCCCACUGCUCACCCUGCCACCCUUGCUUUGGGCGCUGGGACCUGACCGUGGGCAGCCUGAGGGAAGGGCUGCAACGCCUUGGAGCACAGGUGCAGUCACUGAGGGAGGGGGGAUCUGCACUCCCACUCAGCCCCCGUCGCCUGCGGGAGCUGGAGGAGACUCUGGGGCACGUGGAACAGCUGCUGGGAGAGGGGGACAGCCCUGUAGGUCCCCUCCUCGAUGGACUGCCCAGGCAGUUGGGUGGCACCAGGAUGGAGCUGGACAACUUCUGGAAGCACCUCCAAGAGCUGGAGCGACAUCUAGGCCAGCUGGCGCAGGCAGAUAUGCAGCACCAUGACCGGCUAGCUGAGCUGAGCCACAAGCUGGGAGUUCUCAACCGAACCACCUCCCACCUUCAAACCCUCCUCAGCAAUGUAGCGGCAGCUGGAUUCAGCGAGUCUUACCGCAGCAUCCUGGCAUCGAUGGAGGCCUCACGGCAGGCAGAGGUGGUGGCCAAUGGCACGGCUGGCGAGCUACGUAGGGCGCAGAUGACACAGCGGGAGACUGAGCGGGUGCUGCGGCAGCGGGGAGACACUUUCCGCCGUGGCACAGCUGCAGCCCGGAAAUCCUUGCGGGAGGCACAGAAACGGGUGAUGGGACUCAACAUUACCAGGAUCAAUGAGAAGAUUUGUGGGGCACCUGGAGACCGGAGCUGCGAGCACUCGUUGUGUGGAGGAGCCUUGUGCCGAGAUAGUGAGGGGACAAGGCAUUGCGGUGGCACUGGGUGUGCAGGAGCACUGCCUAUCUCAGCUCGAGCCCUGAGCACUGUACAAAAUGCCUCACAGCAGCUGGAGGUGACAUUAGGGCAGCUGGGUGUUGUGGCACAGAAGAUGCAGGAGGUGCAGGAGCUGGCACGGGGGGCACGCAGCCGGGCAGAGGAGGCACUGGGGCGCUCUCAGGCCGCCCGCAGUCGUGCAGAGAAGGCGACGGCCCAGCUGCGGGACUUCAUCCGCCGAAUCAAGGCUUUCCUGGCAGAAGAGGGAGCUGACCCAGGCAGCAUCGAGCUGGUGGCCCGGCAGGUGCUGAACAUCUCCCUGCCCAGCAGCCCCGAACAGAUCCAGGAGCUGCUGUGGCAGAUACGGGACAGCAUCGGGCAGCUAGAGGGGGUGGAUGCAGUUCUCAACAGCACAGCAGAGGGGCUGGCUGUGGCACAAGGUCUGCUGGCACAGGGACAGAAGGCCAGGCAACGAGCAGAAGGCAUAAGGGAUGAGCUGGUGGGGACACAGCAGGCAUUGGAGGUGGCACAGACACAGGCCAUGACAGCAGGGAGCACCCUGCAGAGCGCCAGAGAUGCCAUCCAGGUGGCUGAGAACAGGGCCAAGGAGGCGGAGCGCAGUCUGCGGGUGCUGGACAGGAAGGAGUCUCAGGCACAGAGGCGGCUGCAGGAACUGGCACAGCACAUCACUGUCCUCCAGGAGAGCAGCCAGGAUACUCGCCACAUGGCCCAGCAAGCCAAGGAUGGGGCACAGCGUGCCACCACAACCUCAGGGAUGCUUAGCCAGGACCUGGCACAAGUAACACAGCGUUAUGUGGUGCUGAAGAACCGGGUGGGCUUGCUGGACAGGGUGUCUGGUGGGGCCCUGCAGCGUGUAUCACAGCUGAUGGCAGAGGCCCAAGACCUCCUGGAUAAGGCCAGCAACAGCAAGAGGAAGCUGGAAGACCUGGAGCAGCGCUUUGGGGCCAAUGAACGGACGAUGGCAGCAAAAGUGACACGACUGCAGGCUUUGGAGCAGCAGGUCACCGGGCUGUUGCAGGAGAUCCGGGAGAGGGCCAACGCUUACGCCACCUGCUAGGGACCACUGGCGGGACGGGGGACCGGUCGCGCCCCGCCUCCCCGCAGGUCCCCGAGCCCGGGAGUCCCGUCCACUCUGCAGGUGCCUUUAGUGCGGACGCGCCUGCAAAUAAA